AGAUUUGGAAUCUUGUUUUUAUACAAUUUAACAGGCGGGGAAGAAACAGGUGUUCUUCGUCCUCUUCCAUUAAAGCAUAUUGACACUGGUAUGGGACUUGAGCGUAUGCUUUCUGUACUGCAGAACAAGAGGUCAAAUUACGACACAGACCUCUUCGUUCCACUUUUUAAGGCUAUUGAGAAAGGUUCAGGUUGUCGACCUUACACUGGAAAAGUCGGUGACCAAGAUGUCGAUGGAAUAGACAUGGCUUAUCGGGUUUUGGCAGACCAUGCACGUACUCUGACAAUCGCAUUAUCCGACGGUGGUCGGGCGCAAAACACUGGUCGUGGUUACGUACUGCGAAGGAUUCUACGUCGUGCCGUUCGAUAUUCCAACGAAGUACUAGGUGCUCAACCUGGUUUUUUUUCUUCGUUGGUAGACACUGUAGUGGAGAGCUUGGGCUCGGCUUUUCCCGAGUUAUGCAAAGAUCCGUCUUUGGCAAGUUAUUUAUUGCUUUAUAAAAAGUCCUUGAAGACUAUAAUAAAAAGUUCUUUAGAAGUGUCUUGCAAUUGA